AAGAGAGGCAGAUACUGACAGAUAGAAAGAGGGGAAGAAGUAGAGAGAGAAAGAGAGAGAGAGAGAAGGAAGCCAUUUUGGUUCCUUGGUGUCAUGUCGGCCUGAACGUCGCUUCGUUCUUUCUGUCCUCUUCGCUGAAAACUCUCAGACUGUAAGAGAGCUGUGAGCUGAUUGGAGGAAGUCGAACUUUCUGAAGACAGCUGACGGUUAUUUUUUUUUGGAGACAAUUUCAGAGAAGUUUGGUUCGUGCUCAGCAGGAAGGAGUAGUGAGGAUCGAGGCCUGCCCACAUGCCACAGAGUCAACGGCCAACUGAAGACAAGAAGCAGGAAGACAGAAGUCCUCAGCAGGCGUUUGGUGAUGGUCGCCUCGGUCUGUUAGAGCAGAACGUUUGGGUUUGACAUCAGCUGGACGGACAGACAUCGAGUCUCUGAGAGGGUUUGGAGGGCACAGGAUGAGCUCAGACCGAGUGCCAUCCAGGUUGGAGGUGAUGGGGUGGAGCUCUCAGGAGCUGGCAGACUACCUGAAGAAGAUGAAUCUAUCCGGCUGUGAUAAAGUCGUGAUGAAGAACUCCAUCACCGGAUCCAGAUUUGUGAAUCUGAGUGAAAACGACCUGCAGAAGUUCCCGAAGCUUCACGCUCCGUUAAUCUUAAAGAUCAGCACAGAAAUCAGCAAAAAGGAGGAGAAACGAGGACUUUUACGAUUUGGUAAAAGAGCAACUCCCAAAAGUCAUGAACCAGACACCUGUGCUGACGUUCAGGGCUGGGGAGAAGACGAGUUUGAUGAUGAAGAUUUCGAUGAUGACUAUGAGAGUCCGUACAGUGGUGAGGAGGAGGGCAGCGGCGGGGACUAUGAAUCCCCAAACGAGGACGCGGCCAAUGAUUAUGAGCCACCUCCUACCGAGCCUCCCGAGGACUUGCCUCUCAAACUGUGCAGCACCCUGCCCAUGGGAAACAGCGAUUACGUUGAUAACAGAGAUAACCAUAUAUCAUCCAGAGGCCCGCCUCCUGCUCUGAGUCCCCGCCCCCCUGUAGCCUCCCUUUCUGCACCGUCUCCCCGCAUGCCAGGUGAGUCGCCCGCCAGGAGAGACCCCUCCCCCUCCCCUCUUGGCGGCGGACAACCAUCAGGAAACUUUCCUCCUGGGCCUCCGCAGAUCUUUCGUAGAGACAAACCGGGUAGAAAUGCAGGAUCCACCCCGUCCCCGAACAGAGGACCUCAUCGCAACACAGUGAACGCACCUGGGGCACAUUCAUGGAGGGCUCAGCCCGAAACCCCCGAUCCUCCUAACUGGUCCAAACCUCCUGUUCUACCUCCUCCCUCCACGUCUAUCGGCAGGAGUAACUCCUCUGCCAGAGCUCCUCCCAACAGGUUCGAUGCAAGAAGAGAGCAGACAAAUGAUGAAGUUCCUAAAAACAACACCUUCCCCCUCCACAAUAAAAGUCUUCACCCUCGCCCUGGACUCCCGGGUCCCCUUCCACGUCACGGAGACAGUUUGCCUCCCAAUGUUCCCUCUACAGCGUCGCUGCCUCAAAAGCUUCACCCUGCGAUUGGAGAGCCGAGAGGGAGCUUCUUAGGAUCAGACAGACAGUCUUUUCGUCCUCCUCCGACCACAUCAACGAGAUCUCAGGAGUUGGACCCUCGUUGGUACGUUGGUAAAGUGACCAGAGGUCAGGCUGAGGGAUGUCUGAAAGGAGUCAACAAGGACGGGGCGUACCUGGUGAGGGACUCCACGCGGCAGCUGGCCAAUCAGCCGUUCACCCUGAUGGUGUUUUACCAGGACAAAGUGUUCAACAUCCAGAUCAGAGAGCAGAACCACCAGUUCCUGCUGGGAACUGGACUCAAAGUGCAGGAGUCUUUCCCCUCAGUGAGUGGCAUCAUCAGUCAUUACUCCCAGUCUCCUCUUCUCCUCAUUGACGCCAAAAACAAGCGCUCGAGCCAGCAGAACCAGUGUCUGCUCUCCGACCCGGCCGGGUACUACAUGACCGGACAGAACUGGUCCUGACUGGAUCAUUCCGGAUCAUAAAAACUAAGCCUGAGUUAAACCCAACAGGCAGGAUGAAGAUGAAUGUUCUCCUCAGUAGUUGAGGUGUGAUCAUGAGAGAAAUGUCAGAUUUUUGCACGUUGCUUUAUUUUCUCGUCUUCCACAUUUUUUAUUUUUGUGACGUUGCUCUGUUUUUAAAGUUUUACAUUUUUUUGGGACGGUAAACUUUUUACACUCUGAAGCUCUGGAACUAUUCUGUCAAUAAAGGGGUUUUCAUUUUAAUUUUUUCUUGAGACGUCCUCUUGUCUGGCGUCACAUAAAUGUUGUAUUGUCUCUUUAAGCCUCUAGUAGCAGUUAUUCCAAAUUCAAACUCUGCACUGAUCUGUAUCUGCGUCCAGCCCUGCUAAAUCCAGUGUUUCAGGAUGCAUUCAUGUAAUUCUGUUUGUGAAAUAAAGAGCAAGCUUCCAGUAUUCCCACUUCACAAAAAUAA